AUGCCGAGCGGGGGGAGGCGGCUGCCGCCGUGGACGUCGCCGAGGGGCGCGACGAGCACGAGGUGGAGCCCGUGCAGCCCCGCGGGCGACCUCGUCUUCGGGAGCCACGUCACGCCGCCCAUGAGCGCCGGCUGCUGCUCCUACCGCGUGACCCCGCCGACGAGCGGGGGCCCCGUCGCGACGCCUCUGCCGAGCGGCGCCGGCGGCGGCGGGUGUUCCAGGCCGCCGAGGGCGCCGCCGGCGCUGGAUUCGCCGUACGUGAGGGCGAAGCAGGCGCAGUUAAUUGAAAAGGAUCCCAACAAGGCAGUUCCAUUGUUCUGGGCGGCCAUUAACAGUGGUGAACGAAUUGAGAGUGCACUGAAGGAUAUGGCUACUGUACUGAAACAAGCCAAUCGGGCUGAAGAGGCCAUCGAAGCGAUAAGAACCUUCCGUGACCGCUGUCCUAAUGAAGCUCAAGACUCUCUUGACAAUAUUCUUAUUGACCUGUACAAGAAAUGUGGUAGGACAAAAGAGCAGAUUGAAAUGCUGACAGUGAAGCUGAGAAUAGUUGAUGAGGAUCUAGCUUCUGGCCGGUGGAAAACUAAGAUGUCUAAAUCUCAUGGAAGAGUAGUCUAUCUCUCUCUGAGAGAUGAAAAAGCAAGGUUGCUGGGUAACCUCGCCUGGGCCCAUAUGCAGUCUGAGAACUAUGAGGAAGCUGAAAUGCUCUACAGGCAAGCUCUUGCUAUCGAAGCUGAUUAUAACAAAGAGUGUAAUUUAGCCAUCUGCAUGAUGAAGAUUGGAAAGGUAGCUGAAGCUAAAUACCUUCUCCAAUCUAUACCCUGCAACUCCAAUGAUGAAAACCAUGUGAGAUCUCUUGCCCGGGCUACUGAAGUGCUUAGGGAAAUUGAGUCACAAACACUCCCUUCACCCAUUACUCAAAUGAAGUCUAAAGAUUCAAGAAUUUCGGUUGCUACUGAUGUGGAGAACCUUGAAUAUCUACAUCCACAAAUUCUUUCUUCAACUCAACUGAAUUAUGAAGGGCCAGCAAUUCCAGUUUCGGCGGAUACAGAGAAGCAUGAGAAUUGCAACUCACAAGCUCUUCCGUCUCCGAUAACUCAGUUGAAGCGUAAAGAACCACAAUUUAUGGUUGCAACUGAGGGAGUGAAGAAUGGGCAAUGCCUGGAGGAGCACCAAGAUCUUUCUAAACUGUUCAACGAUGCUGCCACACCACAGUCUCUACUCGAGAAACUACGCAAGCGGCUGGUUGAGAAGGACAGACCAAAUGUCAGCACAGAGAAUCAAAUUCAGACUCCUAUCUCAGCUGAAUGCCUGCCAAACUCUAAUGGCGCCAUUGAUGCUAGUGAGAAUCCUAUGCAAGAGGGGAAGGGUUUUGCGGAUGGGGCUAGAAAAACGUGGGCUGACAUGGUGGAGGAGGAUGAACAGCAAACUACUGUGCAAGGUGGGAGCAGCAAACAUGCAAGUGAGCAGAGGGGCAGAACACCACCAUCAUCUCAAGAAAGCAGCAGCCUCAAAACCCCAGUUCCAGGUGUUCGGCUACAAAGUUCAUCAGCAGGUUCUUGGAGACGCAGCGACUCCAGAAUCUCGACAGACGAGAACAUGAACCCAAAGUUUGUGAGGACUGCUCCAUCAUGGAAGCAGCAGAAGGUUCAGGAUCACAGCAACCGAGUCUGCCAAAGGCUUAACACGAUUCAUCUCAGUGAGAAGGCUCAAGGCACCGGGCAAACACCAUGGAGAAGCAGUACAGCUCAGCGUUCGCUUUUCGGCGGGCACGUACCAUUUCGUGACAGUGAGAACUGUCAGGGUGCCAGUCACACCGAGGCCACUAGCCGCUGGCCUAAGAACGCGGCGGCGAGCACAAGACCAUGGAGGCCGCAGCAGAACCGCCUGCGGGUCUUCCGAGACAUCACAGAUGAGAUGAACCAAAAUGUUACAUAGCUAGAUCUUUAUUCCUCACUCACUGUUGAUGGAGGUGCUUACCAUUAGUGAUUGUUGUUUCCCACCCAGAGAUGAGACUAGUGAAAUAGCUGGUAGUUUUCCGUUCCUGGUUUUCUUUCUGAGAAGAGGCAUUAGCGUUGUGGUUUCAACAGCUCCAAGAGGAUUAAUUACAACGUUCAUGAGCUAAGGAACUCACUUCAGAUCCUAACAAGUCCAUGAGUUUACAGUCUCUUCAGAUCCAAGUAGAUAUCUUUUUACUGCAUAAUUUUUUCUUUGUCACGCCAAGUUGCCUGUAAAAGAGAAGAGGGUAACUAAAUCCCUGCUGUGAUUUUUUUUUCUCCUUUUGCAGUGUCUGUCUACUGCUGCAUAUAACAAACACUACAGUCCUUGUACCUUUUGGCAAUACUGUUUAGAUGUUACUGCCUGGUUCAUUUGCUGCA